AUGUCACUAGCCGCGCCAACGCUCCAGCCGUUAGCGCCGCGCUUCCUCCGCCGCUCCCUUCGUGCGCUUCCCCCGAGCGCCCUCCGCGGCCGCCCGCUCACGCUUCCGCCGAGCUACGCGCGCGGAAGCUCUUCCCGUCUCGCGCAGUAUCUUUCUUCGCGCGCGGAGCUCUCUGCAACAUCUGUAUCGGCGGAAGCUGCGCCAGCGGGGGUAUCUGCGGAUGGGACCAGCGCGGAAGCGGAACAGCUGCGGAGCAGCGGGGCUGGGGAGAGCGGGAAGACUCCUAAAGCCGGAACGCUUACUCCCAACGGCCUCAUUCCCCCAUGCGCUCUCCCCCCCCUCCUCCAACCCAUCGCACGGCAGGAAUACUGGGCGGGCGUGGGGUGCGCGGUGCUACAGCCGAGCAGCACGGAGGAAUACUGGGCUGGAGUGGGGUGCGCGGUGCUACAGCCGAGCAGCACGGAGGUGGGAGCGGGCACCAUGAAUCCCGCCACCUUCCUGCGCGUGCUGGGCCCCGAGGCGUGGCGCGUGGCCUACGUGGAGCCCUCCAUGCGCCCCGACGACAGCCGCUUCGGAGAUAACCCGAACCGCGUGCAGCGCCACACGCAGUUCCAGGUUAUUCUCAAGCCAGACCCUGGGAAUGCGCAGGAGCUGUACUUAGGCAGCCUGGCAGCGCUGGGCAUCGACAGCAAGCAGCACGACGUGCGGUUUGUGGAGGACAACUGGGAGUCGCCCGUGCUCGGGGCGUGGGGGCUGGGCUGGGAGGUGUGGCUCGAUGGCAUGGAGAUCACGCAGUUCACCUACUUCCAGCAGGCAGGGGGCAUGCCGCUAUCACCAGUGUCAGUGGAGAUCACGUACGGCCUGGAGCGCAUCAUCAUGAGCCUGCAGGGCGUGGAUCAUUUCAAGCGCAUCGCCUAUGCCCCUGGUGUCACCUACGGGGAGCUGUUCUUGGAGAACGAGAGGGAGAUGAGCUGCUUCAACAUGGAAGAGGCGGACACGGAGAGGGUCAAGCAGCGCUUUGAUCUCUACGACGCCGAAGCACAGGCUUUGAUUGACAAGCAGCUGGCCAUUCCCGCAUUUGACCACGUCCUCAAGACGUCCCACGCGUUCAACAUUCUGGAUGCAAGGGGUGCUGUUGGGGUCACUGAGAGAGCUCGCUUCUUCGGCCGUAUGAGGAGCCUGGCGCGUCAGUGCGCCCAAUUGUGGGUCGACACGCGGGAGAAGCUCGGCUUUCCAUUGGGCCGGGCGGAUGCUGACGUGGCGCAGCCAACAGGCGACACAUGGCCGUCCGCUGACGUGGCGGCGCAGGACGGGGCGGCGAGUGCGGGCGGCGUGGAGGCACGGGAGGGCGAGGGGCGGAUGCUAGUGGUGGAGAUCGGUACAGAGGAGUUGCCGCCUGAUGAUGUCAGCAGCGCUGUUGCCCAGUCCCACCUAUCAGUCCCACCUGUCAGUCCCACCUGCCAUUCUCGUUUCCCUCUCUGCCAGCUGCUAGCAGCCAUCCCACCGCUACUAACGCGCCUGCGGCUGCCAUACGACUCAGUGCAAGUGGAGGGCACACUCAGGAGGGUCGCUGUGCAGUUGCAAGCAGCCAUCCCGCCUCUUCUCACUCGCCUGCGCCUGCCGUACAGCUCAGUGCGAGUGGAGGGCACGCCCAGGAGGGUGGCGGUGCAGGUGGCGGGGCUGGCAGCGUGGCAGCAGCGCGAGCAGCGGGAGGCGCUAGAGGGCUUCUGCAAGCGUAACGCGGUAACCGCAGAGGCGGUAACCACGCGGGCGGACGACAAGGGCGUGGAGUAUGUGUGGGCGAGCGUGAGCGAGGAGAGCCGACCCGCGUGGGCCGUGCUGGGGGAGCAGCUGCCGGCCGUGAUUGCAGGGAUUGCGUUUCCCAAGACCAUGCGGUGGAACUCCCAGGUGGCUGCUCGGCGGCACGAUGGUGCCCUUCCUUCCUUCACGCAACCCCAACCUUCCUUCCUUCACCGCACCCCUGCCCCUCACCACUCCGCACCACAGGUGGCGUUCACCCGCCCCAUGCGGUGGCUGCUGGCCAUGCAACGGCCACACUGUGGUGCCCUUUCACCCAACCCCAGCCUUCGCUUGUUCACCGUAUCCCUCCCCGUCCCUACCCCCAUCCCUCACCCUUCCACACAGGUGGCGUUCAGCCGUCCCAUUCGGUGGCUGCUGGCCAUGCACGGCCACACCGUGGUGCCGUUCGCCUAUGCAGGCCUGGCGUCGGGCAAUGAGUCAUGGCUGCUCAGGAACGCGCCAGAGACACGAGUGCAGGUGAGCUACGUGCUUUCGAUGCUCUACCAUCUGCAGAGGAGUAUGCAGCAGCCAUUGCAGCUGCCGACAUCACCCUCUCCAUUCAGGUGCGCCCCACCACUUUCCCAUGCAUGCACGUGUGCUCUCCCCAUCCACGUGCGCGCAUCUCCCCACCCACUCUUACCUCUCUCUGCUUCCCUUCUCCACUCAUCUCCCAUCUCAUGA